UUAUUCGGUUUUGGAAAAAAGAAGUAAAAAGAUUUGAACCUUGGUUGGGAGGUGGAGCAAAAGACACUCAACCACUACACUACUGGACAUUUAUAAUAUUGAUGCCCCUAAACAUAUCUAUAAACGUUACUGCCUAAAGCAUUGGCUUGUUGGGCUUUAGCCAUGGGCCGGCCCUGUGCAUAUCAACAUGUCUUAUUGCACAGGUCUAGGGUUUAGGACAUUGGUCUCUAAUUACCUAGGGUUAGAUGGCUUAAACCAUCCUCUUUGUGAGGAAAUCGAGGCGCUGAUCGAUUCUACUGAAGUUACUCCAGCUGAGUUAGCUGAAGAGCUAAUGCAAGACGAUGAUACUGAUGUUGUUCUUCGUGGAGUAGUUAGCUUUGUUGAGAAGAGGAAGGUUGAGAGAAGCAAGACUAAGGAGGAGGUUUCUAUUUGUAAAACAAUUGAUGAUGAAGGAAAACAGAAUGGUUUGAAGAACAAGAAAUGUGGAAAAGGAAAAGGGAAAGGAAAGGCAUUUGGUUAAUUAAUCUU